AUUAGGGUUUUACAGAAGCCGUGGGAUAGUGCCGCUGAUUUCUUCCCCGUCUUUUUCAUCUUUCUUGCUCCGGGUCCGGUGCUGGUCGCCGGCAGGAUUCUGACCGUUAUUGCAAUGGCUUUCUUUGGUAGAGUUGGGAGUAUACUUAGACAAACAGUGAGCAAGCAGAUUAUCAAUGGUGAAGUGUCUGCUUCUAUAUCCAAACCGUCCAUCUAUCAAGCCAUACGGUGGUUUUCAUCAAUCCCAUCUUCUAAACUUUUUAUUGGAGGUAUUUCAUACAGCACAGAUGAAUUACAACUGAGAGAAGCUUUUGGCAAAUAUGGUCAAGUUAUUGACGCAAGAAUAAUUGUGGAUCGAGAAACCGGCAGGUCCAGAGGAUUUGGUUUUAUCACAUACACCAGCAGUGAGGAGGCCUCUUGUGCUAUCCAAGCGUUGGAUGGACAGCCUCUUCAUGGCCGUAAUAUAAGGGUGAAUUAUGCAAAUGAUAGAACUCCUCGUGGAGGUGGAGGUUAUAAUCGUGACUUUGGCAACAAUUUUGGAGGUAACUUUGGUGGUGGAAACUAUGGUUCUUCUGAUGGAAACUAUGCUGGUUAUGGCAGUAAUACUGGUACUGCCAAUUCCUAUGGAAGCCAAGGAAAUUAUGGCAGCGGUAGUUAUGGCCCUGGUGAUGGUUUUGGAACAGAUGGUAGUUAUGCAGGCGGAAAUGCUUAUGGUGGUGUUGGUCCUGAUACCGGUGGCAGUUAUAACAAUGCCGGCGGUGGAUUUGAAGAAGGUGCCGAUUUGGGGUAUGGCAAUGCCAAUCAAUUUGGCACCACUGGAAACAGCAACAUGGAUGGCGUAGCCGGAACUGAUAAUCAAAUUGAUGUAGAGGAAAGGGAUGAUGUUGGUGAUGAUAACCAUCUAGAGAAAAGGGCUUGAAAGUGUGUUUUCAAAUUCAUUUGGCAGAAACUGAAUAUGCUUGUACCCCAAUAAGAAUAGGAUUGACCUUUUUAACUAUUUUUCUAUGUUGAGAAUGCUGUAGUGCAGUCUUAACCACUGAUGAUGGUGGGGUAAGCUCCCAAUAUUAGGAGCCCGCCUCCUCCAUCAAUGGUUAAGAUGGAUAGCAGGUCACUUUUGUGUUCUAUGGUAGUAGUAGGAUAAUUUUUUUGUCCCUUUGUUGACUUCCUGUUCCUUUGGAUAUUCUCUUUUUUUUCUUGUUUCUUUAACAUAUAAUUGGGAGAUUCAUAUAUCAUUUGACAUUAAGGGCCUUCAAUAGAAAAGGUGCGUUCGU